AUGACCGACAAAUCCCUAUCAAUAUUACCUAACGAACUAUUUCAUCAUAUUUUGAAGUAUCUUGAUACACACUUUAUUAUUUUCACGUUACGUCGUGUAUCCAAACAAUUCUAUGAUAUUACCAAUCGUUAUAAUGGAUAUCUACUCGAUGUUAAUUCAAUGUCAUCAUCACAUUUGAAAAUCAUAUCACGGAUUAUCCGACCAGAAAGUAUAACUGCACUGAAGUUUCAUGACGAACCAAAUCAACAAAGUCAAAUUGGAUUAUUUUUCUCAAUUUUCAAUAUCGAUCAAUUGGUUUCAUUGAAAACGAUUGUAGUGGGUGAUUGUUUUCAUUCGGAAAAUUAUCAACAUUUGCAAAAGUUGCCCAUUAAAAAUUUAGCCUCCCUUCAUAUCAGUUAUGAUCGUAAAUAUGAAACCUACGCAUUACCUUUUAUUUCGAAAGUUUUGUCUCUACCAACUCUUCAUCAACUUCAUUUAAUUCAAUCCAAUUUCACUUUAAAAGACAUAUCUUGCUCUACACCAGAAAAUAUUCAAUAUCUUACCAUUCGAUCAUGUUCAUUCUCCGAAUACAAUCUUAUUCUACGAGAUUCACCUUCCUUACAAACAAUAGUUAUAGCAAAAUUCACUAUGGAUCAAUCUGGACCUUCAAAACACUGUUCACAAUUGUUAUCAUUGGCAAUUGGUGAUAGUGCUUUGUCCAUGUUGGAUUUCGGAUUGCUUCUUUCGUUGACGCCGUCAUUAACCAGACUCAAUCUAGGAUCUUAUCGGACAACUUUGGAUUCAAUUAUCAAUGGAUCAGAUUGGUCCGACUUAAUCCAAACAAAACUAUCCAAUCUAAGAAUAUUUCAUUUCUUCUUUUCUUAUUCUUUAAAAGAAAGAAGCGAAGCGAAAGAUCUGGAUUUAUUGAUCAACCAAUUUCGGACUCCCUUUUGGUUGCAUGAAAAGCAAUGGAUUGUCAGAUGUGAUUAUUACUUACACUACAAUCUGGUGAAUAUUUAUACAACACUUCAAUGCACUAUGGAUUUUGAAAACCAAGUAAAACGCUUUAAGUCAAAGCAAGCUUCUUCGAUUAUGCUAAGGUUUCAUUCAAUCGUUGAUUUGCUAUCAAUGACGAGCGACGCUACAGAAUCAACUCCGUUGACGACAUUGAACCUGAAUGAUGAAAAUACUCCAAUGCACGACAUCAAAUAUUUGGCAUAUGCAUUACAAACGGAUAAAACAGUCAAACAUUUUACAAUGAAAAACAAUGCCAUUGGAGAAGAAGGAGCACGAUACAUUGCUGAAGCUUUACGAACAAAUACGACAUUGAUAUCAAUUGAUUUGGACGGAUGUCGAAUUGGAAAUAAAGGAGCACAGUACUUGGCUGAUGGAUUACAACACAAUACGGUUAUUCGGAGUAUUUUUCUUGGAGAGAACAAUAUUGGCGAAGCUGGCGCGUUGUACCUGGCUGAAGGAAUCAAGCGUAUGAAGACACUUACGACGCUUGGUCUAAAUGACAAUCAAAUUGGAGCAUGUGGAGCAAAAUACCUGAGUGACGCUUUAAGAGACAAUCAAGCCCUUGUUAUUUCCCAUCUUCUCCUACGGGGAAAUAGCCUUGGCGAUGAGGGUGUACAAAGUUUAGUUGAGGGCUUCAGAAAUAACACGACGAUUUCUCAUCUUCAUCUUGACAAUAGCGACAUUCGAGACGAAGGAGCACGGUAUCUUUUCGAAAGUUUAAUGAAGAACACGACACUCACUUCACUUACUCUUAAUGGAAACAAGAUUGGAAUUGCUGGUGCACAAUGUUUAGCCAAUGCGCUCGAAAAUAAAAGGGAACUAAUUCAACUUGAUUUGAGGGAUAAUAAUCUUGGAGAUCAGGGUGCAUUACAUGUUACUGAAAUUCUGAAAGAUAUGGAGACAUUAAAAUCACUCAAUUUGAGUUCAAAUGAAAUCAGUGCUGCAAUUGUAGAAGAAAUCUAUAAAUUAUUUCAAAAGAAACAUAAAUUGGUCUGUUUCGACCUGACAGACAAUGACGAGUGUACUGCUGCUGCUGCAAUGAACGCUGAUUUUCAACUUCGAAACAGCGAGAUACUCACACUGCAUCUGCAAUCAAAGAACAUAGGAGACAAAGGAGUUACAUUUAUUGCUGAUGCGUUGAAAAACAAUACCACACUUCGAGAGUUGGAUCUACGAUCGAACAAGAUUGGAGAAAAAGGAGCAGAAGCACUGUCUUUUGCAUUACGAAAUAAUACAAUCCUGAAAAAACUCUGUCUUAGUGAUAAUGAAAAUGUCCGUUGUGAUAUUAUCGAGAUGAUUUUUAUUCGGACCAGAAAAAGAAAGACCCGAAAAAUCAUGUCAUUCUUGGGAGAGAAGAUGAGUGACUUCGGAAUUGAAUAUUUGCUCGGCACACUAAACAACAAUACAACUAUUGAAGAACUCGAACUCUCUGCCAAUGAAAUCACAGAUCAGGGUGUUCAGUUAAUCACCGAUUGGUUGAAAACUAACAGAUCUCUUCAAAAACUCAGCAUCCGCUACAACAACAUUACUGACAUCGGAGCCGUAUACAUAGCCGAUAUGCUAAAAGAGAACACAAUUUUGAAAGUAUUGGAUUUAAGAUCGAAUAAAAUUGAGACUAAGGGUAUCGAACGUCUUGCUGAUGCAGUGGAAACAAAUACAACACUUACCAAUCUUGAUCUAGAAGAUAAUCGGAGCGAUCUGUGUAAAGCAUUAGAGCAAUCUGUGCGGAUCCGACAUGACAAAGAUUUGAAGAUAUUUAGGGCAAUACCGAAAUGUCUGGGAUAUGAAGGAGCGAAAAUGAUUCGUCAAGGAUUACGGAAUCAUAUGUGUCUAAUUGAAUUAUCUUUCGAUGACUGUAAAAUUGGAUAUGAAGGAAUGGAGUGCAUUUCUUCUAUUUUGGAAGUUAACAAGUCAUUAACGAGACUUUGUCUCAAUGGCAAUCUGAUCGAAUGCAAAGGCGUACAGUGUUUGACUAAAACUUUACAACAUCAUCCCGCAUUAGCCAUUCUAGAACUUCAAUACAAUUCAAUUGGUGAUGAAGGAGCAAAAUAUUUGGCUGAUCUAUUAGAAACCAAUCAAGUGCUUACUACGUUAGAUUUACAGAGAAAUCUAAUAGGAUAUCAAGGAGCUCAAGAUUUCAUUGGUGCAUUGAAAAAAAAUACGAAUUUUCAAUAUCUGAAACUACGACACAAUAAGAGUCCAGCAUGCGAAGCUAUAUCGAUCAUUCGUGGAAGUCUGCAUUUGGAACAUGAACGCCAUGUAGAUCUUGAAUGUUGCGGUGUCGGAGAUCGGAUAAUUGAAUACAUGUCAUCUCUAAUACCAACAGCGAAUAUAAUACAAUGCCUCAAUCUCAUUUCAAACAAUAUAACCGAUACUGGUGCUCAGUACUUAGCUACGGCAAUCAAACAAUCGACAACACUGAUCAACUUAUAUCUUCAAUCGAAUGAUAUUGGAGACGAAGGAGCACGUCACCUGGCUGAAGCAUUAAAAUAUAACCAAACACUUUCUACGCUCCAUCUUCGUGGCAAUCAAAUUGGUCCAACAGGCAUACAAUACUUGGAAGAUGUUAAACGAAUUAGAACGACACCAAUAGAAUUCGAUCUUAACAGUGCGAUUCAAUUGCUAUGUCCGCAAGGACACCGGCUCAAGUUAUGCAAUAGUCAACAACGUAAAAAGAACAAUACUGAAUCAUACGAAAUGAAAGAAUUUAGAUGUGGUAUAUGUUCACAAGAAUCACCACGUCUCUCAUGGCAUUGCUCUUGUACAAUAACUGGAUUUGACAUUUGUGAAACAUGUCCGGAUCGACAGGAAUAA